UAUUCUUAAAUUUAUCAUUACUAAGUACUUACCUACCCAAAUACCAUUUUUUAUGGUAUCAAGGUAACCUCCUACUACAUAAUAAUUUGGUAACCGUAGGGUAAAUAAUAAUAAUAAAUUUAUAACACACCACACCACCUCUACCACUUGCAGGCUUCGUUCCCAAAUAUUUUCCAUGGAAAUCCUCGCCUUGGGAUAAGAAGGCUAACAUCAACAUCAGCAGUAUAAUAACCUUCAAUCGAGAGCCAUAGACAACAGGAUGGUGGGUGACGGUCGUUGCACUUUCGGCACGCGUAUGCCCCUGGACAUCCACAUGCUCAAUGAGAUGAUACACCGGGAGCAGAAACACUUCAGAAACUACAGAACUUACACGCCAAACUUCGGAUCAAUCCCAGUGACUGGCAAGUUCUACGCGAGGCACGACCAGCUCCCAGACGACCAGACCGACGCGGACGGGGGCGCGGAGGCGGCGCGGCGGGGAGAGGAGUACUGCGAGCGAGUGGCGCAGGCCAGAGCACUGGGCCCCCGCGCCCGGUGCGAUUACCCGGCCACGGAGAACCAAGUUUACGGCUGGUACCCGAGCCCCAUCUACCCGCUGGACCGCGGCGACCGACGCUUCUUCCAUCCGCGGCGGGAGAGCGACCACACCAAGGUGGCCGUCGUCAUCCGGACCUGCAACCCGAGGGACAGGAAGCAGGGGGCCUAGUGCCAAAACACGAGUAGAAAUAAAGCACUGCAGCAUACCUAGCACGGGGCGCAAGACGUGUACGAAAAUGCAAGAGUUCUAAUCACUUGUUUUUUGUUCUAUUUAAAAUUGCAUGUUUGUGAAAAUUUAAAUUAUUAACUUUCCUUA